AUGGGGUAUGAAGAGGUCAAAGAAAAUGAUGUUAACAUGGAAGAACUAAAGUCAGGACCACCUUAUAUUGCUGUUGCCCGAAAGAGACAAAUCAAGGAAGCCCCUGUACAAAAGGGUUCUGGGACUUCGAGGAAUACCAGGGCGAGUGGGAGUGAUUCUGUCACCACUAGCAAAAAACCUACGAGCUCGAAGCCUCCAGCACAUUCGAAGCGAAAAGCUCCUCCAACAGCCGACUCAGACGAUGAGGAUAAAUCUCCUUCUCGCACCAGACAAAUGAUAAAGAAAAGACAAAAAACCGCUACCCCUUCAGCCAAAGGAAAGGGAUCUGGGACUUCGAAGCUCACCUCUUCGAGUGACAAGGUGUCUUCCGAAGACUCACCCUUGAAGGCCACUAGCACUAUCCCCAUUAUGGAGAGUCAUAACUCCAGUCCAGAAAACAUUCCAACCAAGGAUGAUGCUGGUACCGCUACUUCUGAUCUCAAAGCCUCAAGUGUUUCUCAACACGAAUUUCAUGUGCUUUCUCCCGUUCUCGAAGACAAUCAACCUCUUGCAACCAUCAUUCCGACUGCAUCUGCUAAAGAAAGCCAUUCAAAUGGUGAGUCUCCACCCACUCAUCAAGAUGAAACUAUAGAGGAAAAUCCGCAAUGUUCGAAUAGUGGUAACGCAGCUGGACAACCAACUGGCAGCAAAGACACUAUAUCUGAACAAGAUGUUGCAGAAGAAACUUCCAAACUGGCUACACCUGGUUCUAAUGAAAUUUCGAACCUUGGAACUACGGUCAGUCAUGGGACUACUUCGAAGCAGGUUCCUACGAUGCCUACUCCUUCAAAACUAGAGCAACUCAAGAAGACUGAUCCUGCGAGCUUCCUCAAGACCAUGAUGAGUAUUGAUAAUGCUACGUCUCUUGGAACUUCUUCGACUGUCUUGGCAGUGGAAAUCUCAGAAGUCAUCGUUUUAUUGAGUUCUCUGAUUGAACAACUCCAAUCCAAUAUCCUUCGAAAACGGGAUAUUGACGGACAACUCACAACAAAAAUGACUUCUCACAGUUCUGAAUGGGAAGCUGCUAACGAUGCAACGAAGAAGGUUGAAACCCUUAAGCUUGAGCGUUCGAAGAACCAACGAGAAUAUAAAGAGUGUGAGACCAAUAUCAAAGCGUGGAAAAAAGAAAUUGAGCAACUCGAAGGGAAGAUAAAGGAUGCCCAGUCUCGUCAGGUCGAAAUCCAAAAAACCAAUCAAGACGAAUUAACUGAAGUGGCACAGUCAGGGAUUUGA